AUGAGGAAAGUCCGGGUCUGGGUGCACGAGCAGUCAGAUGGGAGGCUGGACAUUGUAGAUGGGAAGCAGCGCAUCACCUCUCUUCUAUCUUACCUGGAUGGGAUCUUCCCUCGAAAUCAACAGAGGUUCAGUCUUGAGGGGUUGGAGACGCUCAGCCAGCUGAAUGGGCAGGCGAAUGAAGACCUGUCCGAGCGGGAGCAGCAGUCACUGCAGGACUACCCGCUCACCCUCAGGAUCCUUGCCCAGGACUCAGGUCCCAAGGCGGUGUUUGAAAUUUACAAGCGCAUCAACUCAGGUGGCGAGAACCUCAACGAUCAGCAGGCCAGGAAGGCUGCUUUCUGGAGCCCAUACAUGCGGCUGCUGAACGAGCUGGCAGACAACGCCAUCCUCAAGAAAGUGCGCGGCUCCUCCGAAAGGGACGAUGAGCAGGAGACAGAUCGGGAGCUUAUUUUGCGAUUUUUUGCCAUGCACGGCCACAUGGCAGAUUACCGCAUGCCGCUGUCAAACUUCCUGAAUGAUGAGGCGGAUUGUGGCAUCUCCCUCACGUCAGAGCAGCUGCAGCAGAGGCAACAGCUUUUCGAGAGAGCCAUCGGCAACGUGUAUGCCAUCUGGGGCGAUGACUCAUUCCAGAAGGAUGACAGCUCCUCAAAGCUGGAGCCCAGCCUGUGGGACACCCUCAUGUGCACCUUCUCCAGGUAUGAGCUGGAGCAGCUGAAGGGGAAGGAGGAGGCUCUAAGAGAAGAUCUGAGGAAGGUUCUGAAGCACAAGGACUUCAAGCUGCGGCUGUCAAGUGCAAAUCUGCUGCAACGGCAGGACCUGUAUGACAAGCGCGUGGCUGCCAUCGUGGAAAAGGGCGCCAGGAAGAAAUGA